UUUUUUUAAUCAUACCAAAUUUUUUUCGCCCAAAUUUUCUUAUUUUUCUCACACUACAUUUGGGUCUUCCGCUCUCUCCGUCGUCGGGCAUUCAUGCGCAAGUUAGCUGCCCAACUCGUCACUCAUUAUUGCAGAAAAAGACCUAUACGAAAUGGGCAGAGUCGAAAAUUUUCAACCCACAGUGAAGCAGAUGACCUUGCCUUGGAAAAAGAUGCUGAAAGAAAAAUUGGAUGGGUGUUGAAACUGUUCUUUGCUGGGACUGCUACGUUUUUUGGUUACCAGAUUUUUCCAUACUUGGGGGAUAAUUUGUUGCAGCAGUCAUUGUCUCUUUUGCAUGUAAAGGAUCCGUUGUUUAAAAGAAUGGGAGCUUCAAGAUUAGCCCGUUUUGCUAUUGAUGAUGAAAGAAGACUGAAAAUUGUCGAAGUUGGUGGGGCUCAUGAGCUCUUAAAGAUGUUGGAGGCAGCUAAAGAUGACCGUACUCGUAAGGAAGCUUUAAAGGCUCUCUCGGCUAUCUCAAAAUCAGAUAAAGCUGUUGAAGCAUUACAUCAAGCUGGCACAACUGCUAUAAUCAAUUCUACCCCAAAUUCCUCGCAGAAUAUUGAAAUCGAGCAGUACAAAUCUAGCUUGUUGAAGAGAUUCCAUGAUCUGAAAUAUGAUGUUCCCUCAUGAAUUGAAAUUGAGGAAAUCUUUCUGACUCUAUCUUCUCCCUCGGUUUUGUAAGGACAUAGAUGCAACAGCCAGCAUGUCCUGCAUGUUGGACAGUGAAACUGUAGUUUAUUGUUUGAAUUUUAUGUAAUCUGUUUAAAGAAAUUAGCUUAGAGGUAUGCUGGCGGCUUCUUUCUUACAGUGGCUGAUCAUUUCUUUUAAAGCACCUGGGGUUAUAAACAUGUAUUCUCAUACAGAUUCUGUUCCUGUGAAAGAAAUAAGAGCAACCUUAUUGAUUUUUUUUUUUUGAUAA